AUGGCUGUCGUUAUUAAUUAUUCUACUAUGCAGGUGUGCUAUAGUUGCGACCCUUUAACUUGUAAGGAAAAAGCAGUUUGCACGUCUCCUAACAACGAGGUAUUUUGUCUAGAAAACGCUCCUUCCGAAAAAGAAAUAUGCGAACUCCGACCGACUUUAGCGACGAAUGAUCCUCUGUUGAUCAUUGAGUAUAACCAGCCGGGCUUGGCUGUCAGAAAUAUCACGGAGGCUGACGUUGCCCAGCUCAUCCGCGGCACUCCGGGGUAUAGGGUGAAUGAUAUAUUCCCUAACAGCCCACCCGCACGCCUACAAUCAAACAUGGUCUUUUCGUUAAACAGUGGACAAUUAGUCGCAGAUGUUUUAGAAAGGUUAUACGAUAAUUACCACCUGGGACGACAAUAUCCUAUCGUUGGACGGGUAUACGUGGUAACCUUCCGUAGAGCUGGGACAUUUGAAGCAGUAGAAAUGUAUCAUAUAUUCGAUUGA